AUGGGAAACCCUUUGUUUCGCAGCCUCCGUAGAGCUUCUUCUUUCACUUCUCUUCUCAACGUCGUCUCUUCCUCCAAUACUCUCACUUCCAGGCCAAUUUUCCACCAAUCAAAUCCAAUUUUCGCUCCAUUCAGACUUCAAACUUCAUUCUUUCCAUCGAACCCUUGGUGGGUAUUCAGAAAUUUGAGCCACGGUUCAGUCAAUCUCGUGAUAUCCCAGGGAAAACCCAAGUUCGAGACCCAUGAAAUCGAUCCUCCGAAGAAGGAGAAGUGGAAGACUAAGAAGAGGUUGAAGCAACAGAGGAUGAGAGAAAAGCAAAAGAGAAAAGCGGCCAAUAAGAGAGACCCACGAUGGCUCGGCGUAAAAGGGAAGAAAAAGAAGAAGUUUGCUAAUGCUGAGGAGCGAAUCAAAGAUAAACUUGAAAAAGUGAGUGUGAUUGAGUUGUUGUAA